CAUAGACAGCAGUGGCCAGAUGGAGCUGUGUUUGUUUUGAAGUAGCUGACUGCUGCUGAAAGCAGGGCAGGCUGUCGGAACUGGUGUGUAUUAAGAGGGGGGGGGGGGGGAGAACAUCACACCCUGUCAAGGCAACAACCAGUAAGCAAACUACUGUUUUUUGCUUGUGAAGACGGAUCUUGAAGCUGUGUAGCUCAAUGUGGAGGCACUCUAUGUAGCUCAAGGUCAGGAACAAGCCAGCAACAACCUCAGGGAAGUGUCCUUUUGGGAACUUUAGACCUGCAGAGGCACGUGGGUAUACGUUUCCGUGUUGUAGGCUUAUGUAAACUUGCACUAUGGAGGACUACAUGACUCUGAAGAGGAUGUGAGGCCUGGACUACAGUAAAUAGUCUCUGCAACAGAGUUCUUCCAGCCUGAUCUUGAGUCAGUCGGAGGGAAUGGGCCCAUCGUCAUUGCAGGAAAGGGAGCCAGGCAAAGAGUCCAAGGAGGAGAUGGAGAGCUACCACUGUCUCCUGCAGGCUGGCUCCCAGCUGGAAAACACUCUGCAGCAGGUGACUGUCCCUCUGAGCAUGAAGGAGGUGGGAGGCUAUAUAGAAAAACAGGUGGCAUAUCUGUCAGGAGGACGUGGGGAAGACUCAAGUGUCAUCAUCACCCUGCCAGAGUGCUCAGCAUUCACUGACAUUCCAGAAGAAGCUUUAGCCAAAGUUUUUACAUACCUCACUCUCAUCCCUCGAACAAGGCAACCAGGAGUCAAAUUCAUCAUUAUUUUAGACCGAAGACUGGAUACGUGGGCAUCUAUUAAAACUGCACUUGCAAGGAUAGCUGCUUCCUUUCCUGGGAACCUCCACCUGGUUCUGGUGCUCCGACCCACCAGCUUCUUCCACCGUACUGUCACAGAUAUUGGCUUCCGCUUCAGCCAAGACGACUUCAUGCUAAAGAUGCCAGUGGUGAUGCUGAGCUCUGUCACAGACCUGCUUCGCUACAUUGAUGAGAACCAGUUGACGUCUGAAUUUGGAGGCACUUUGGACUACUGUCACAGUGACUGGAUUGUUUUACGAACGGCCAUUGAAGGUUUUGCUGUAACAGUCAAAGACAUAGCUCAGAUGCUGCAGGGCUUUGGUACUGAGCUGGCAGAGACUGAACUGCCUGAUGAGGGGAAAGCCAUCGAACAUCUGCUUGAGACUCACACUGAAAAGUACAGAAAACUCAAGGAUGCAAUCCGGUCAGUUUCAAAGGAGGGUCGCCAUCUUCUCUCCAGCCUGGAGACCACUGGGAAAGAGGACGAUUCCCAGUGGGAUGUGAAGCUGGACUGGGAGACAGUCCAGCGGCUUCUUGUCCAGCUCAGAGAUAUGGAGUCAGCCUUUGAUGGCUUCUUUGAGAAGCAUCAUCUCAAACUCCAUCAGUACCUUCAACUGCUCAGAUAUGAGCAAAGUUUUCAGGAGAUGAACUUAUGUCUGGAGCAUCUCAUGAGUCAGGAGAAGGAACUUUCUAUAAAUGUGAAUACAUUGGCUCAAACAGAACAGAUGCUCAAAAAGCUGGACACUCUGGAAUCUAACGCACAGGAGUUGAUGGCUCGAGCCCAGAUCAUCAUCCUCCACGGACACCAGCUAUCAGCUGGUCAUCACUAUGCCAUGGCUCUCAUCAUGCAGCGUUGCAACGAGCUUCGCCACCACUGUGAUACACUCUCUGUUGCUCUCAAGACCAAACACUCGCUUCUUCUGCAAACACACCAGCUGCUGCUUUGUCUUGAGCAGGCCCAAAGUUGGUGUGAUAAUGGUGCAUAUAUGUUGGCCAAUCAGCUAGUAGAUAGGUUCCACAACAAAGAAGGAGCCCAGGCUGCUUUGAAGGACAUUGAAAAGUUCCUGGAAGAGGCGCCCUCACUGCUGAGCUCCGGCUUUGAGAUCUUGGCCAUUGAAUAUGAGGCUGUCAUCACGCCUGAUCUACAGGCCCAGAUUAGGAAAACGUUUGAAAAGCAUGCAGUAAUGCAGCAGAUGAUCCAGAACAGGCAAGCUAGCCUCAGAAAGCUGGCUGAUAAACAUGUGCGACCAAUCCAGCUGGUGGCCCCCAGACCUGAAAACCCACCACGCUCUAAAUCCCCGCUCUUCUCCCCAAAGCAUGGUGAUGGUCUGAAGUUCACAUUUGACAUCUCUCUUCCUGGGAAGAAAGCAUCCCGAAAGAGUCCUAACCCUCGAAAAAUAGAAGUGAUUCAUGACUACCAGGAGAGCCGAAGCUGUGUGUCAUACAGUCUGGAUGGAGAUGACAGCCCGGAUCUCUUGAAGCGUCAUGUGAUGAGGGAACUCAUAGAAACAGAAAGAAUAUAUGUGGAGGAGCUGCUUUCAGUUCUACUGGGUUACAGGGCUGAAAUGGACAACCCAGCUCUGUCGGGGCUUCUGCCCCCAAUUCUUCGCAGUAAGAAAGACAUUCUCUUUGGAAACAUGCCUGAGAUCUACAAUUUUCACAGCAGGGUUUUUCUUCAGGACCUGGAAGGAUGUCUUGAGGCUCCAGAAGGUGUGGGAGUGCGUUUUCUUGAGCAGAAAGAAAAUUUCCAAAUGUAUGAAUGCUACUGUCAGAACAAACCACGCUCGGAUGCAUUGUGGAAGCAGUUCUCAGACUGCAGCUUCUUUCAGGAGUGUCAAAGAAAGCUGGAGCACAAGCUAGGUCUGGAUUCAUACCUGUUAAAACCAGUCCAGCGACUCACCAAAUACCAGCUGCUGCUCAAGGAGCUGCUAAAAUAUAGUGCCAAUAGUGAGGGAACCUCUGAGCUGCAGGGGGCGCUGGCAGCCAUGUUGGACCUGCUCAAAUCAGUCAAUGACUCCAUGCAUCAGAUUGCCAUCACAGGAUAUGAGGGUGACAUCUGUGAGCUUGGCCGUGUGCUGAUGCAGGGUUCUUUUAGCGUGUGGAUUAGCCAUAAGAGAGGUGCCACACGCAUGAAGGAGUUGGCUCGCUUCAAGCCGAUGCAGAGACACCUCUUUUUGUAUGAGAGAGCUCUGCUGUUGUGCAAACGAAGGGAGGAGCACGGAGAUGGCAGCGACAAGACACCCUCAUACAGCUUCAAGCACUGUCUCAAGAUGACUGCUGUGGGGAUAACAGAGAAUGUCAAGGGAGAUGUGAAGAAGUUUGAGAUCUGGUAUAGUGGAAGGGAGGAGGUCUAUGUGGUUCAAGCUCCUACAGUGGAGGUAAAGAUGGCUUGGCUCAAUGAGCUCCGGAGAAUUCUGACCAACCAGCAGAAGCUGCUCAGAGAUGAAGCAUAUCAACAUGGCCAAAUGACUGAACACAUGCAGCUUUCUCCACCACUCACUGAGAGCAAACAGCAGAGGACGUCAGUGAGCUCAGAGGACACUGAGUCAGGGCGAAGCAGUCCAGACCCCCAGCCUCACUCCCCUAAACACCAGCACAAUCGCAGGAGUUGGCCAGGGGCGCAUCACACAGCAGACAUCUGCGAAGGUCUGGAGGAGUGGUCUGGAGGUCGUGACGCCUUUCAACCAUCUGACACAGAGGAGGAGGGUUUGGUACAACUGUCUCCAGGCAGAUACAGGGUUUUUACUGACUGCCCCCAAAAUGGACCAGACAGCAUUACCAUCAAAUGUGGAGAUGUCAUUCAACUACAAUUUGAAGACAACAGGGGACGCUGGCUGGUAAAAAAUCUGAGUCGGCGUCAAGAAGGCUUCAUAGCUGCUGUUAGCCUGCAGCUGAUUAUAGGAGACAGCGGCCGAGAACAGUCCUGCAGGCUGGGAGACCCCGGCAACCUGAAGGUGAGGAAGCUGAGCUCCCCGUAGAGAAGAAAGUGCAGUGUGAAUUUAGUAUUUACCUGCGGAUGAUGAGCAGACAGAAGGAACAGACUAAGUCACAUCUGUCUCAUAACUGAUGCACUAUCAGCAAACCUCUCCUCGCUCCUCUGUGCAUCUGCUUUCCUCAGCACCAUUCAGCUCAUCAAAGAGAAGGAAGUGGAACUCCACAGACAUUUUCUUCUAUAGCUUUCACUGAUGACCUCCUGAAUGAAUGUUUUCAGAUACAAGGUGUUUGCAGGCAUCAGCACAAAGGUGCAGGAGCUGUUUAAGCCCUACAGAACAAUCAACAACAUGCUCCUGGAUCUGGAUCCUACUUGGUCUUCCUCUUUUCUGACUGAUGGUCUUUCCAUCUGGUCCCUUAGGCACUUAAUCUACAAUGCAUACAAUCAGGAUAUAAGUCUGCUGUUGCAGCAGGGGGGUCAUUUCACAAACUAUGCAUUCUGUUCAGGCUUAUACUUGAGGUUACACUAUAUCUUAGUGCUCGGUUGUGUGUUCCUGCUUGUCUCAGUUUGUGCUGGAUGGAUGGGAAACCAGGAUUUUGCCUGAAACAUUUCUUAAAACAGAGACUGUUGUUCAUAUGAUACCAUUUGUAACGAUUAAUGAAUCUCAGAGUUUCAUUUUUGUGUACUUGUUUGACAUUUUCCAUUUUCCUUAAGGCGCCACUCUUCUGUACAGUCUGAGAGUUUAAAUACCAAAAUGUGCCAUGCCAUAAUGCCUUUGUUUUAUUCCAGCUUUUUUUAAGAGUCUGUUGUAUAUACUGUUUGCAAAAUGAAUUAGUCUGUACUUGCUCUGAAUCAACUUACAAAAAAAAAAAAAAAGAAAUCAACAGGCACUUUAAUAAGGUGGAA